GGCUCGGAUCAACAGAGAUCUGAUCCAGAAUGCAUCAUGUUUUCAGACGGACUCGUUGGACUGUAGCAGCUGACGCCGCCUCCUCUGCAGAGCUGAUGAUGAUGACGACGAAGGUGUUUCGGACUCCGGCCCGUCACGGGUACGCGGUCGAGGUGUCGCCCUUCAUCCCCCGCAGAGCGGCCUGCGCUGCGUCCCAGCACUACGGGAUAACGGGUUGUGGCUCGCUGCUGGUCCUGGAUCAGACUGACACCGGCGUGGCUUUGGUGAGAAGAUGGGAGUGGGGCGAUGGGCUGUUCGACGUGGCGUGGAGCGAAGCCAACGAGCACGUCCUGGUGGCGGGGGGCGGGGACGGAAGCCUGCAGCUCUGGGACACGGCCAAUCAGCACGCUCCGCUCAGGGUGGCCAAAGAACACACGCAGGAGGUCUACGCCGUGGACUGGAGCCAGACCAGAGGGGAGAACCUGAUCGUGUCCGGGUCCUGGGACCAGACUGCCAAAGUGUGGGAUCAGAACCUCAGCGGGUCGCUGAUGACGCUCCGAGGUCAUGAAGGCGUCGUCUACAGCUCCGUCUGGUCUCCUCACAUCCCAGCAUGCUUUGCUUCAGCCUCAGGUGACGGGACCCUCAGGAUCUGGGACGUGAAGGCCGCAGCGUGCCGGCUGGCCGUCCCGGCACACAAGGCUGAGAUCCUGAGCUGUGAUUGGUGCAAAUAUGACCAGAACAUCGUGGCCACGGGUUCGGUGGACUGCAGCGUGUGUGUGUGGGACCUGAGGAACGUCCAAAAACCUGUCAAUCAACUGCUGGGACACGCCUACGCCAUCCGCAGAGUCAAGUUCUCGCCGUUCAGUCGGACGGUGUUGGCGUCUUGCUCCUACGACUUCACCGUACGGAACUGA